AACAGAUGCCUAAACCACAGUGUUGGAGAGGAGAGAAAAAGUAGCCGUCUAAGCAUGUUUACUUUCAGCGGCAAGGAAGUUGUAACUUGUCCCUAAGUGGUGACUCACUGGUUGGGACUAUAAAAGUAAAGGUAACUGCUCUCUAAACCAUCAGGGCUUCAGACUUCACAGAUCCAACAUGAUGCAAUCAAGACUUUCGGCUCUCUUCUUUUUCCUGUUGGGUUUGUCAUUGUGCCUGACAAUCCCUAUUCCCCUUGAAGACAGCCAUGAAUUCACAGAGAAAGAUCUUCAGUUUGCAGAGCGCUAUCUCAGGACUCACUAUGAUCUCCGUCCAAAUCCUGCUGGCAUAAUGAGGAAGAGUGUCAACACAGUGGCAUCGAAACUUCGAGAAAUGCAAGCUUUUUUUGGCUUGGAGGUGACAGGCAAAUUAGAUGAAGAAACAUAUGAGCUGAUGCAGAAACCAAGAUGUGGUGUCCCAGAUGUGGGGGAAUAUAACUUUUUCCCUAGAAAACUCAAAUGGUCAAAAACUAAUUUGACAUACAGAAUUGUGAAUUACACUUCAGAUCUGAGACGUGCUGAAGUAGACAGAGCUUUCAAGAAAGCAUUCAAAGUUUGGUCUGAUGUGACACCGCUUAACUUCACCAGAAUACGAAGUGGCAUAGCUGAUAUCAUGAUCUCCUUUGGCACUAAAGAACAUGGUGACUUUUACCCCUUUGAUGGACCCUCUGGAUUACUGGCUCAUGCUUUCCCCCCUGGUCCAGACUAUGGAGGAGAUGCCCAUUUUGAUGAUGAUGAAGCUUGGUCAGACGAUUCUAGAGGGUACAACUUGUUUCUUGUUGCUGCCCAUGAAUUUGGUCAUUCUCUGGGACUUGAACACUCUAGAGACCCUGGAGCUCUGAUGUUUCCAAUUUACACAUACACUGGAAAAUCUGGUUUUGUGCUUCCUGAUGAUGAUGUGCAAGGGAUCCAAGAGCUCUAUGGUGCUGGAGACAAAGAUCCCAACCCAAAACAUCCCAAAACACCAGAGAAAUGUGAUGCAGAUUUAUCACUUGAUGCAAUAACAGGACUUCGUGGAGAAAUGCUGGUCUUCAAGGACAGGUUUUUCUGGAGAUUGCACCCACAGAUGGUUGAGGCAGAACUGGUGUUAAUUAAGUCCUUUUGGCCAGAGCUUCCAAAUAAAAUAGAUGCAGCUUAUGAAAACCCUAUCAAAGAUCUUGUGUUCAUGUUUAAAGGAAAGAAAGUCUGGGCUUUAAAUGGCUAUGACAUAGUUGAAGAUUUUCCUAAAAAGAUAUAUGAAAUGGGGUUCCCGAAAGAAAUGAAAAGAAUAGAUGCAGCUGUUCAUAUUAAAGACACUGGCAAGACUCUCUUUUUUACUGGAAAUAAGUACUGGAGUUAUGAUGAAGAGGCGGAGGUUAUGGACGCAGGCUACCCCAGGCUGAUAGAGGAAGAAUUCGCAGGAAUUGGUGACAGAGUGGAUGCAGUCUAUCAAAGAAAUGGUUAUCUCUACUUCUUCAAUGGACCACUGCAGUUUGAAUACAGCAUCUGGAGCAAAAGAAUUGUCCGUGUCCUGCAUACUAACUCCAUAUUUUGGUGCUAAUUACAGUUAAGUGCCAUGUCAUAGGCUGCAGAGCAGCUUGUGGUGCAUGGAAAUAAUAAUAUGGGCAUAUAGAUUUAUUAAAUGACAGCAAGGUUCUGUGAACAAGCACUGGCUACCUACCACCAAAUGUAUACUGUAUAUAUGGAACUACAUAGCUGUAUGUCAGUCUGGGACUGAAUUAAAUUAAUAGGAACAAAGAAAAAAAGUUAUUAGCAUUUCAAGGGGCAUUACACCAUUAAAAGUUGGUCUAGUAUUAUGGUGAGAUGCUGGGUACACCCUGCACAAUCAUGAGCACUAUUAAUUCCCAGUAAUCUGAGCAUGCCUAGCAUCUUUCAAGGAUCUCCUGACCUGUGGCAAGAAAUAGACCUUAUAAACACAGGAGUGUUAUAUUUUUUAACUAAUCCUUCAGGUCUUUGUGAAAUUCCUGCAAACAUACUGGGAAUUCAGAUGUGCAAUGAAUGAGUCAGGAUUGCAUGGUGCCUCCCUGAGCAGGAUAACACCCGGCUGCAACACUCAAGUCAGAGAAUUAAAAGGUGUUUGAAUGUAUACCCAGUUGAAUGGAUACAUCUCUGUGGAAACAGAUGCCCCUGUUCACAUUUGGAAUGAGCAGAAGGUAUAGAAGCAGUGAGGUAUAACUCCAAAUCAGACAGAAAAGCAAGAAAAGGGAGGAUUGUUCCCUGCAGAAAUCAUCAGCCUCUGUGACGCUGGGGAAUCCAGAAAGAAGUAGCAACAGCAAGAGAAUAGCACAGGCUGAAACCCUGCAUGGAGUUACAUCUGGUAACACAGCCCAUGUUAUAGGCUGGUGCAAAGUAGUUCAAGUAACAUUUAUAGAGGAUAUGCCUAGCUGUGCCAGCAGAGAACUUGAACAUCAAAAUAAAAAUAUUCAAAAGAAUACAUUUUUUCAUGUUGAUGACUCUUUUACUAUCUUUAACAAUUGUUUCAGUACAAUGUAGGUUUUUGGUGGGUGUUUUUCUUUUUGUUGUUUGUUGUUUGUUGUUUUUUUGUUUUGUUUUAUUUUAAUUAAUGCAAAUGUCAUGGGACUGUGUUUAUUUCUCAGAUGAAAAAAAAUUAAAUAAACUGGAGGAAUAAAAUGA